AUGUCUGUCUCUACUCAGCUGGCCCUGUUGCUGUGGAAGAACUUUACUUACAGAAGGAGACAAACACUCCAGCUGCUGGUUGAAGUCGUGUGGCCUCUCUUCAUCUUCUUUAUCCUGAUCGCUGUAAGACUGAACUACCCACCGUAUGAGCAACAUGAAUGUCAUUUCCCCAACAAAGCCAUGCCGUCUGCAGGUACACUGCCCUGGAUCCAGGGGAUUGUUUGCAAUGCCAACAACCCCUGUUUUCGCCACCCUACCCCCGGAGAGUCUCCUGGUGUGGUUGGCAACUUCAACGAUUCAAUAAUCUCCCGUCUGUUUUCUGAUGUCAAGAAAAUUCUUCUAUACAGUCAAAAUGAUAAGAGUCUGGAACGCUUUAAGGACUUAAUCCAAGCAGUCAAGACUAUGCAGAACAACACCUCAGGUUUCAGGCUUAAAGACUUCCUCAAAGACAAUGAGACUUUGUCCACAUUCCUGCUAUCAAAUGCGUCCUUCUCAGAUCACGCAGUUCACGAAAUUGUGGAGGCCAAAGUGAACUUAGAAAAGGUACUGAUCAAAGGCUUUGGUGUCCACCUGAGGGACAUGUGCAAUACUUCCACUCUGGAGGAGUUUGUGGCCAUUUCAGAUAGGGAGGUGGCAUGGCUUGCCCAAGAUAUCAUCUGCAAGUCCCCCAACCACUGGCUGAAUCAAGCUGAGAAACAUUUCAUGUCUAACCUUGAUUUCUUGAAGCCCAUAAGGCUGGACUUAAGAUCAAACCCUAAUGAUGUGCGUCAUGUUGCAAAGGCUACGGACAACCUUUUGGAGAGCCUUGGGUCUUUGGCGGUGGAGCUGGCCAGCAUGAGGAGCUGGAUUGACCUACGGAAUGAGAUCAUUUUUCUGACACAAAACGCAACUGGAUCCCCUAGCCAGAUGUACCAGGCUGUAUCUCGCAUUGUGUGUGGCCACCCCGAAGGUGGCGGUCUCAAGAUCAAAUCCCUCAACUGGUAUGAGGACAGCAAUUACAAGGCUCUGUUUGGCAACCACAACACCAGUGAUGAGGAGCCUGUUUCUGUUUAUGACAACACCUCCACCCCUUACUGUAACAAUCUGAUGAAGAACAUGGAGACCAGCCCAAUUUCUAGAAUGAUCUGGAGGGCUCUGAAACCUCUGCUUAUGGGGAAGAUCCUGUAUACUCCUCAUACUCCAGCCACACAAAAGAUUAUCCAAGAGGUGAACAGGACAUUUCAGGAACUAGGCGUCCUCAGAGACCUGGGAGGUAUGUGGGAGGAAUCACGGCCAAAGAUCUGGAAUUUUAUGGAGAACAGUGAAGAGAUGGAUCUACUGCGGACUUUACUCAAGAACAAUAUCACUGCUGGUUUCUUCAAUGCUCAGCUGACAGGCACACAGUGGAACGUAGAGGAUGUGUCCAGCUUUCUGUCCAAACACUCUGAAGACAUACGUCCACCUGGAACAGCAUUCACUUGGAGGGAUGUCUUCAACGAGACUGACCAAGCUAUUAUGAGCAUUUCUCGAUUUAUGGAGUGUGUGAACCUGGAUAAGCUGGAGCCUGUGAGCUCUGAGGAAAAGCUAGUGAACGACUCUAUGGCACUGCUAGAUAACAGGAAGUUCUGGGCAGGCAUUGUGUUUCCUGACAUCGACGCCAAUAGCUCUGAACUGCCCCCUCAUGUCAACUACAAGAUCCGCAUGGACAUUGACAAUGUAGAGCGCACCAACAAGAUCAAAGAUGGCUAUUGGGACCCUGGUCCCAGAGCCGAUCCCUUCGAGGACAUGCGUUAUAUCUGGGGUGGUUUCUCUUACCUUCAAGAUGUUAUUGAGCACAGCAUCAUCAGAGCAAUAACAGGAACAAAGGAGAAGACUGGUGUCUACAUUCAGCAAAUGCCUUACCCCUGCUACGUGGAUGACAUUUUCCUGCGUGUGAUGAGUCGGUCCAUGCCCCUUUUCAUGACCCUGGCCUGGAUGUACUCUGUGGCCAUUAUCAUUAAGAGCGUUGUCUACGAGAAGGAGGCCCGCCUUAAAGAAACCAUGAGGAUCAUGGGACUGGACAAUGGCAUCUUGUGGUUCAGCUGGUUCAUCAGUAGCCUGAUUCCUCUGCUCAUGAGUGCUGGUCUCCUGGUACUACUGCUGAAGAUGGGGAACCUCCUUCCUCACAGUGACCCUGGAGUGGUGUUUCUCUUUUUGAGUUCCUUUGCAGUGGUAACCAUCAUGCAGUGUUUCCUUAUCAGCACAGCAUUCGCUCGUGCCAACCUGGCAGCCGCAUGCGGCGGAAUAAUCUACUUCACCCUCUACCUGCCCUAUGUACUGUGUGUGGCCUGGGAGGAUUAUGUGGGGUUUGGUGCCAAAGUCAUUGCUAGCCUACUGUCACCUGUGGCAUUUGGGUUUGGUUGUGAGUACUUCGCCCUCUUUGAAGAGCAGGGAGUAGGCAUUCAAUGGGACAACCUCUUCUCCAGCCCCGUGGAAGCAGACGACUAUAGCCUAACCACCUGCCUCGUCCUAAUGUACUUUGAUUCUUUCCUUUAUGGGGUAAUGACAUGGUACAUUGAGGCAGUGUUUCCAGGUCAAUAUGGCAUCCCUAGACCUUGGUACUUCCCUUUCACCAAGUCCUACUGGUUUGGGGAGGGAAACCAACGCAACACUGCUAUCACAGCGGGCAAGAAGGCCAACGCAGGAGCUGUGUGCAUGGAGGAGGAGCCAAAUCACUUGAAGACUGGUGUCUACAUUGAGAAUCUGGUGAAGGUGUAUCGCCAUGGCAAAAAGCUUGCUGUGGAUGGACUAACGCUGGGUUUCUAUGAAGGACAAAUCACCUCUUUCCUUGGUCACAAUGGAGCAGGAAAAACCACUACCAUGUCGAUCCUGACAGGGCUUUUCCCUCCAACCUCUGGCACCGCGUACAUUAUGGGAAAGGAUAUCCGGUCUGAACUCAGCGCUAUCAGACAGAAUUUAGGAGUAUGUCCCCAACACAAUGUCCUCUUCAGCAUGCUGACGGUUGAAGAGCACAUCUGGUUCUAUGCCCGUCUAAAAGGCUUAUCUGAGGAGGAGGUGAAGGCAGAGAUGGAACAGAUUUUGUGCGAUACCGGCCUGCCUCACAAACGCAAAUCCAGGACCAGCCAGCUCUCUGGUGGUAUGCAGAGGAAACUUUCAGUGGCCCUCGCCUUUGUUGGCGGAUCCAAAGUUGUCAUCCUGGAUGAGCCCACUGCCGGUGUGGAUCCUUACGCUCGGAGAGGCAUCUGGGACCUUCUGCUGAAAUACCGAGCAGGCCGUACCAUCAUCCUCUCCACCCACCACAUGGAUGAAGCAGACAUCCUGGGCGACCGCAUUGCCAUCAUCUCCCAUGGCAAGCUGUGUUGCGUGGGCUCCUCCCUCUUCCUGAAGACCCAGCUCGGUACAGGUUACUACCUCACGUUGGUCAAGAAGGAUCCAGAGUCCUCCCUCAGCUCCUGCAGGAACUCUAGCAGCACUGUCUCUGAAGUUAAGAAGGAUGACGAUGCAUCGGAGAGUAGUUCUGAUGCUGGGCUGGGCAGUGAUCAUGAGAGUGAGGCUGCUACUGCUAUUGAUGUGUCGCUUAUCUCCAGUGUAAUAUUAAAACACGUCCCUAAUGCACGAUUGGCGGAGGACCUGGGCCAUGAGAUCACCUAUGUUUUACCCUACGAGUCAGCUAAGGAUGGAGCCUUUGUUGAGCUAUUCCACGACAUGGAUGACCGCCUGUCGGAUCUAGGCAUUUCCAGCUACGGAGUUUCAGACACAACCCUUGAGGAGAUAUUCCUGAAAGUGGCAGAAGACAGUGGAGUUGACACUGAGAUAAUCUCAGAUGGUACCCUCCCAGUGAGGAGACACAGACGACAUGCCUUUGGAGCAGAUCAUCAGAGCUGUCUCAAACCCCAGACAGAGGAUGACAAUGGUGACAAUGACUCUGAUGCUGACCCUGAGUCCAGAGAAACAGAUUAUUUGAGUGGUGUUGACGGCAAAGGCUCGUACCAGGUUAAAGGAUGGUCCCUGAAGAGACAGCAGUUUGUGGCCUUGCUGUGGAAGAGACUUCUGUAUGCUCGACGAUCAAGGAAAGGAUUCUUUGCGCAGAUUGUUCUACCUGCUGUUUUUGUGUGCAUUGCGUUGGUCUUCAGCCUCAUUGUACCUCCCUUUGGAAAGUACCCUAGUCUGGCUUUGCAUCCAUGGAUGUAUGAAGAGCAGUUUACAUUUGUCAGCAAUGAUGCCCCUGAAGAUGCCAGUACACAGAAGUUACUGGGAGCUCUAAUGGAUGGUCCUGGAUUUGGUACACGUUGUAUGGAAGGAGAACCAAUACCUGAUGCUCCUUGUACAAUGGGUGAUGAGGACUGGACUAUACCAGAGGUCCCAGAAAGUGUGGUGGAAAUCUUUACUACAGGAAACUGGACCAUGGAAGAUCCCUCCCCUGCCUGCCAGUGCAGCUGUGAUGGCAAGAAGAAGAUGCUCCCAGAAUGCCCUGCUGGUGCAGGAGGCCUUCCACCUCCACAGAUAAAGAUCAGUGCAACAGACACUCUGCAAAACCUAACUGGAAGAAAUAUUUCAGACUACCUGGUUAAGACCUAUGCUCAGAUUAUCGGGAAGAGCUUGAAGAACAAGAUAUGGGUAAACGAAUUCAGAUAUGGAGGUUUCUCUCUGGGAGCUAGGAGCACUCAAGUACUUCCACCAGCUGAGGAGAUUGAUGACGCUAUCCAUCGGGUGAGGGAGAUCUUCAAUCUGGACAAGAAUACAGGAACAGCUGCUGACCGGUUUUUAAAGAGCCUGUCAGCUUUCAUCAAUGGACUGGACACAAAGAAUAAUGUCAAGAUCUGGUUCAACAACAAAGGCUGGCACAGUAUUGGAGCCUUCCUCAAUGUCAUGAAUAAUGGCAUACUGCGUGCCAAUCUGCCCCCUGAGAAAGAUCCUAGCAAGUUUGGCAUUACUGCCCACAACCACCCUCUGAAUCUGACCAAGGAGCAGCUUUCUCAGGUGGCAUUAGUAACAACUUCAGUGGAUGUGCUAGUGUCCAUCUGCGUGAUCUUCGCCAUGUCCUUCGUGCCAGCCAGUUUUGUGGUCUUCCUCAUCCAGGAACGAGUGAACAAAGCCAAGCACAUGCAGUUUAUCAGUGGAGUGCAGCCCUUUCUCUACUGGGUGGCCAACUUUAUCUGGGAUAUGUGUAAUUAUGUAGUACCUGCAACUCUGGUCAUCCUCAUCUUCGUCUGCUUCCAACAAAAAGCUUACGUCUCCUCCACCAAUCUGCCAGCCUUGGCCCUUCUGCUUCUAUUGUAUGGAUGGUCCAUCACCCCCUUGAUGUACCCAGCUUCGUUCUUUUUCACGAUCCCCAGCACAGCGUAUGUUGUUCUCACCAGUGUGAACAUCCUCAUCGGGAUUAAUGGCAGUAUUUCUACCUUUGUCAUGGAACUCUUUGGUAAUCAUGAAAUUGGUGGCAUCAAUGACAUUUUGAAAAACGUCCUCCUGAUCUUCCCUCAUUUCUGUCUGGGAAGAGGCCUCAUCGACAUGGUAAAGAACCAGGCCAUGGCCGAUGCCCUGGAGCGAUUUGGUGAGAACCGCCUCCGUUCUCCCCUAGAGUGGGACAUGGUUGGCAAGAACCUCUUUGCCAUGGCUCUGGAAGGAGUAGUCUUCUUCAUCAUCACUGUCCUCAUCCAGUAUAGGUUCUUCUUCAAGCCCAGACCUCUGAGUGCCAAGCUGAGUCCUGUUGGGGAAGAGGAUGAAGACGUUGCACGAGAGAGGCAGAGAAUUAUGAGUGGAGCAGGCCAAGGGGACAUCCUGGAACUCCGCCAACUCACUAAGGUUUAUAAGAGGAAACAGAAACCAGCCGUGGACCGUUUGUGUGUAGGAAUUCCUCCAGGAGAGUGCUUUGGCCUGCUGGGUGUGAAUGGAGCUGGAAAAACUAGCACAUUUAAAAUGCUGACUGGAGACUCUGUUGUCACUAGUGGAGAGGCUUUCCUAGCCGGGAAGAGCAUUCUGAGAGAAAUUGAUGAGGUGCAUCAGAACAUGGGUUACUGCCCGCAGUUUGAUGCAAUUAACGACCUGCUGACAGGACGCGAACACCUCGAAUUCUACGCCAUACUGCGAGGUGUUCCUGAGAAAGAAGUUUGUGACGUUGCAGAGUGGGGCAUCCGCAAGCUGGGUCUGGUGAAGUAUGUGGACAAGAAAGCGGGGAGCUACAGCGGGGGAAACAUGCGCAAACUGUCCACGGCUAUGGCCCUGAUAGGAGGCCCACCAGUGGUCUUUUUGGACGAACCAACCACUGGCAUGGACCCCAAAGCACGGCGAGCCCUGUGGAACUGCAUCCUCAGUAUCAUCAAAGAGGGUCGCUCCGUGGUGCUCACCUCACACAGCAUGGAGGAAUGUGAAGCUUUAUGCACCAGAAUGGCCAUUAUGGUCAAUGGCAGAUUCCGCUGCCUAGGCAGCGUUCAGCACCUAAAGAACAGGUUUGGGGAUGGUUACACGAUCAUCCUUAGGGUUGCGGGCCCAGACCCUGACCUGCAGCCAGUGAUGAAGUUCAUAGAGAGCGAGCUGCCAGGCAGCACGCUGAAGGAGAAACACAGGAACAUGCUUCAGUACCAGCUGCCCUCAUCCCUUACAUCACUGGCCCGGAUCUUCAGCAUCCUUGCUAAAAACAAAGACACGCUUCGGAUAGAGGACUAUUCAGUGUCUCAGACUACACUGGACCAGGUGUUUGUUAAUUUUGCCAAGGACCAAAGUGACGACCACUUGGAACAGUCCAAAGAUGUUUCAUUGCGGCGUAAGGAGGCAGUAGUGAAUAUGGCAUUACUUAGUGCUCAUUCUGAGAGAGACACUGAAGAGAAGUGUAAGGACAGUUAUGUGUGACCUAGUGCCU